AGUUGUCCUGCGAGUAUUCAGUAUUUUUGCCCUCACUUUUUAUCUUAUAUUAUAUUUAACUAGAAAGACUUAGCAUCGUAUGUAUGUAACGUGAUGUAUGUAUGUAAGUAUGCAUGCAUAAUUCCCCGUCUAAGAAAGCACUACUUUAUGAUUUUAAACGCGAGUGACCUUGCCUGUUCACAGAUAGCCAAAGCUAAUUCGAUGCUAACCUGUCUUCAGUGUUAGCUGGCUAAGCUAACGGUUUUUGCGAGUUCGCUUUUCCUCUCACGUUACUCUCCCUGUAUUUGUUGGGUUCGUGAUGGAAGAUGAAGCCUUCACCGACAUUAAUGGCAAAAGCAUAUCUCUGGACUGUCAGAGUCACUCUAGCCUUUGUAGCGAGUUCAUUGUUAGCGUCCCCAAAGUGUCCAUCGGCAAGGUGAUGGUGUACACCUGCUGUGUUUGGCUUUUGGCGUACGCUGUGUUCUUCUUCACAGAGAACACAGCUGUUCUGUCCAGCGCUAUAUUCAUCACCCUGGUUGGCAUGAUGCUUCACAUCCACUUUGUGAAGGUAGACCACGAGUCCCUGCUUGUCAUCGGCUCCUUAGGCAUACAGGUGUCCUCCAGCUACGCCUCAGGCCGCGAGACCACCACAUUCAUUGAGAUGAGCAAGAUCAAGGACAUUGUCAUCAAUGAAGCUAUUUACAUGCAUCAAAUCAUCUACUACCUUUGUGUGCUGUUGAAGGAGCCUUCAGAUCCAAAUGCAGUGUCAAGUGUUGUGCCAUUGUUUCAGAGUUCGAAGCCAAGGCUGAACUGCUUAGUGAAAGUUUACAAAAGCUGUCAGGAGAUUAUUUCAAAGUGCUAAUGACACACAAGUCUUACAUUAGCGGUGUUUCUGGUCAUGUAGUAUGCUUUUAAUAUUUCUUUAACUUAUUUUUCUUUUCAGUUGAUUAAAGCAGGUACUUUUUCUUUUCUUUUGGUACAUCUUGAUUUAAUGUACAGUGUAUUUUUCAUUAUUUUUCUCACCUGUAUGAAUGUGAAUGUGAUCUGUUGAAUACAAAAGCAAGUGCUGCCAUGUUUUAAACAACAAUAUUAGUUUCACAAUGACUUUAUGUUAUACGUUGUUGUGUAGUUACUUGAAUAAUGUGAAAAUAGCACUGGUGUUAGACUACUUCUUUAAACCUAAAGAGCCAAACCUUUUAACUGACAUUGUAUUUAAAGAUAGACAUUACCUUUAACAGUUUCAAUUGACUAAUAAUGGCGAUAUCUGUAUUUUACAAGCAUUCCCACACUGUAUUUUUUUAUACAAAAAAUACAUUUGAUAAACAAAAUGAAUAUUGUUCCUAUUGAAAUAUUUGUGUGCUUGGGGUUAACGUUUUUGAGGAGCUUUACUUUCCGUCCCCAUUAGGGGGCAGUACCACACUUAUCAAACUUUUGGAAAUCAGAAUCAUGAAUCAGUUCAGACAAAAGCACUUAAGUUGUACCAAAAAUAAUAACACACUUUUUUAAUUAA